GGGAGGGCGACCGGCGGGUGGGGUUCCCCCAGCUCGCUCUGCUCCAUGUUUCUCUCAGUGCAGGCAGACUCAGUUUGCUAGGCUGGGCGCGCCACUGCACCCUGGGGCGGUCGCGGAGGGACUCGGGUGAUCAAAGGUGGAUGGGACGGCAGGUUUUAUACUGACUGCACUGGGAAACUGAGUGUGUACUCCGGGAAGAGGGAUCCUAAGAGACUGGACAGCGCCAAACCUUAAUUGCCAGUGUCCAAGCAACCCCCUCUGGUGCUGUGAUGUUCGCCCCGGUAUCCUUGCUGCUAUUGUGCGUUAUUGGGCCACCUUUUUGCUUCUUCUCUGCUCUAGGCCUGGAAUGUGAGGUCAGCUGUCACCCGGACAGAGGAAUCUGUGACAAGGACCAGUGUAGGUGUCGACCUGGUUGGCAGGGACCCCUGUGCAAUGAGUGUGUUUCCUUUCCUGGCUGUCUACAUGGAAGCUGUUCCCUGCCAUGGCAAUGUAUCUGUGAAGAUGGCUGGAUCGGAAGUCUCUGUGACAUAGAUCUCCAGUUGUGUGCUGCCAAAUCCUGCCACAAGAAUGGGACAUGCACUGGCUCUGAGGAAAGUGGCUCCAAAUGUGCUUGUGCCCCUGGUUCUUCAGGAAGAAACUGCCAUUUUAAGGAAGGACCUUGUGUUAUUAAUGGUUCUCCUUGCCAGAAUGGAGGAGCUUGCAUUGAUGACAAUGGCCUUGCCUCCUAUACUUCCUGCUUGUGUCCGGAGGGCUUCUCUGGCAACUUUUGUGAAUUGGACAUGAACAGCUGUGUCCCUAAUCCAUGUGAGAAUGGAGGUGUAUGCACAGACAUCGGUGGGGACUUUCGCUGUCGCUGCCCGCUGGGGUUCAUGGACAAGACCUGCAGCCGACAUGUGGUGGACCACUGUGCCAGUGGCCCCUGUGAGCAUGGGGGUACCUGUGUCCCUCAUGCCAGAGGAGGUUUUGAAUGCCUCUGUAGACCAGAAUUCUCUGGCCCCACUUGUAACCAUGGCCACCCGAACCAUAGCCAUCCAGGAACCAAGACCAAGAGGGGUCCUGGGCUUCCUGAUCAAUUUUCCCCUGAGACUCAGGGUAGGCUUGCCACCCAUCAGCCCAGCCACAGAAUGCUGAAAAUCACCAUGAGGGAGUUGACUAAGAACAGUAAACCUCUGCUUAAUGAAAGCCAAGCCAUCUGCUUCACCAUUCUGGGCGUUCUGACAUGUCUGGUUGUCCUGGGUACCAUCAGCAUCGUGUUCUUCAACAAGUGUGAGAUAUGGCUCUCAAAUGCCAAAUACAGCCGUCUCCUUCGUAAAAAAAAGAACUCACUUCUCAGGUACAGCAAUGGUGAUGAGCACACCAUUAACAUCAUCUUACCUGAGAAGAUGAAUCUGAAAUCAUACAGUCAGUGCCUGAAUGAGAUAUGAGCCCUCCCCAAAGCCUUCCUCUGUGGAGUCUAGGACAUAUGGUUUAUUUUAAAGCUUGUGAUUGAUCUUACUAUCUUGUGUGCUAUGUAAUUAGGAGAAUAGCUUUGUAUCUGUGUAUAUAUUGUAUUUAUAUUGUAAGGGAAAGUUUUAGACCCAAACAGAGAUGCUCAGAGAGUGAUCUGAAUCUAACAGAGAGGCUAUCAAUGGAAUUUUGCAAAAAAUUUAAAUUAUUCCUUUCUGACCAAAAGGGAAAUGAUACAUUGACAAAUUAUUGCUCUACUAAUUACUGCCUCUGUCAUCUCAGAUAAAUUAUUUCCUCUCUCUGAGCUUUAAUUCCCUUAUUUUUAAAAUAAAAGGAAUUGGAUUAGAUGA